AUGAAUAAGGAAUUGUGUAAAAGAUUCAAAAAUGUGUGGGAGGAUUUUCCCGAUACAUUGGGCAGUGAUAGAAACUAUAAAUUUAAAGAUAAUAAACAUUUCAAUAAGUAUUGUAAUAAUAAUUGUGAUGAUAAUCUCGGAAAAAUUAAUGCUGCAUCUUUAUAUUUGCUUAAUGAAUUUUUUGGGGAUUCUUCUUUGUUUAAGAAUCAUAAUAAAAUCAAUAUUGUUGAAUACAUUAUGAUAUGGUUAAGUUAUAUGUUAAGUCUAAUCGAAAAUAAUGAUAACAGCGUCAGCAAUUUAAAAUUUUUUUUUAAUAUAUAUGUAAAUGGUGGUAAUUAUGAUAGUAAUUAUAAUAAUCUUUUAAAUCAAAAAACAUAUUAUUUGGAUAUGGAUAAUAAUAUUAUAAUUAAUUUUUAUAAAGCAUUUAAAUUAUUAUGUGAAAUGUAUACUGAAUUUGAUGAAAACAAGCAAAAUUGCGCAAAAUGCUCGAAAAAAGCUAGUGAAUUUGCUAAAAAAUAUAAAGAACUUAGUGAAAAUUAUGGCAUUACUAGUAAUAGUCCCUAUAUUCAAGUAUUGUCUACUUUAUCAACUGAUUAUAAUAAAUUAAAAAAUGAAUGUAAUGAUAUUUCAUCCUUUCCAUCGAUAGUAACACCACAAUUUUAUGAACAAAGUUCUCAAGUUACAUUAUCAAGUUCAUCGAUAGCAAACAAAUUAUUUAUAGUUUUCUCGAUAUUUGGUGCAAUAGGAAUUUUUUUGGGAAUUUCUUAUAAGUAUUCGCUAUUUGGAUUUCGGAAACGAUUUCAAAAACAACAUUUAAGAGAAAAGCUAAAAAAUAUAAAGAAGAGAAUGAAUCAUUAA